AUGAUGUUAACAACAGUUGAUGUCGAAACGGACGUACGACGUCAAUAUAAUCGACGAGUACUUUUCUGUAUACGGAUCAGAGCUGCUGCAUUGUUGAUUGGUCUAUGGGAUCUGAUGGUUCAUUCCAUUGUGCUUUGUGCACUGAUAUUCAUGUUUCGUCACUCAAUACCAAAAAUAGAGGAUGAAUCAUUUUUAGAAAGACAUCAUAGUUUGAAUUCCCAACAAUCUCCAUUGCUUGAUUCUCAUCCGGAUCAACUGCCAAGAUCAAUGAUGGAACAGAAAAAUGUUCUCUCAAGCAAUUUUUUAUUAAAUCGAAUUCUUGAAAAACGAAAUGUCACGCGAAUGCCAAUGGGAUUGAAUACACGUAAUUUUUACUCGAAUUUGGAUUUAAUGACUGUGAAAUGGGCUUCUUCACUGAGCUCACAAGACAAAUGUGUCGUAUUCUUCGUUGUUUUCUCAGCUACAAUUCUGAUUCUUGCACACAUCUGUGGUGUAUUAACUAACAAACCAUCAUACAUCGUCCCAUACUUUUUAAUCAAAGUAUUCAAUGUUAUUAUCUCUAUUUUAUCCAUGUUAGGUUUUUAUGCAUAUAUGCCUGAUGUUACCAUUUGGCUUCGUAUACAACCUGAUUUUCCAUUUAAACAUAACCUACUCGAAUUAGAUUCUCAAACCCUUCAACUAGUUGUCUUUAGUUUUCUCCUCUUCAUCGUUUUAGCCAAAAUUUACAUCGCAGCAAUUAUCUGGUAUUGCUAUGGCUAUAUUACUGCGUUGACCAUGGCUCGAUCCAUUGGAACAUUUACAACUAAUGAUGAUAUUCGACCAAUUACUGGCGAAAUGUAUUCACCGCCUAAAUAUGAAGAAGCUAUUAAAUCGACUAGUCAACAGCAAUACGUACACGCACCACCACCUUACACACCAUUACUUCACUCAUCGAUGUAG